AGGCCCAAAUAAAGCCAUGGGGGCCGGGGCUGGGAUGGGCCCCCCUUUGCUAUAAAUACGCUGGCCGCCUGGAGGUUCGGGUUUGGUGGUUGGGGCUUGGGACCAGCGACCACCACUGCUGCUGCAGCCUUCCUCAAGAGAGUCUCCUCCGUUUACUCAUCAUCCUCUUCAACCUCAUCCUGGUCAUCAGUGUUUCGGGCAGACAAGAUGCCUCGCGUGGACUCAGACCUCAAGCUGGACUUUAAGGAUGUCCUCUUCAGACCCAAGAGGAGCAGCCUGAAGAGCCGCUCAGAGGUGGACCUUCAGAGGACCUUCACAUUCCGCAACUCCAAACAGACCUACACUGGCAUCCCCAUCAUCGCUGCAAACAUGGACACCACGGGGACGUUUGAGAUGGCACAGGUCCUCAGCAAACACACUCUCUUCACAGCCAUUCAUAAGCACUACUCUGUAGAGGACUGGAAAAACUUUGCUGCGAAUCAUCCUGAAUGCUUAGAGCAUGUAGCCGCCAGCUCAGGCAGCGGUGCCGCAGAUCUGGAGAAGCUGUGCGCCAUCUUGGAAGCCAUCCCCGCCCUCAAGUAUAUCUGUUUGGAUGUGGCCAACGGAUACUCUGAGUAUUUUGUGGAGUUUGUCAAGACGGUCAGAGAAAGGUUUCCCAAGCACACCAUCAUGGCCGGUAACGUGGUAACAGGGGAGAUGGUGGAGGAGCUCAUCCUCUCCGGCGCUGACAUCAUCAAAGUGGGCAUCGGGCCAGGGUCUGUGUGCACGACAAGAAUCAAGACAGGAGUGGGCUACCCACAACUCAGUGCUGUAAUAGAGUGUGCAGACUCAGCCCAUGGACUCAAAGGACACAUUAUCUCUGACGGUGGCUGCAGUUGCCCAGGUGAUGUAGCAAAGGCCUUUGGUGCAGGGGCGGACUUUGUGAUGAUGGGAGGAAUGCUUGCAGGGCACGACCAGUGCACCGGGGAGGUCAUCGAGAAGAACGGCAAGAAAUACAAACUCUUCUACGGCAUGAGCUCGGACACAGCCAUGAAGAAAUAUGUGGGUGGAGUUGCUGAAUACAGGGCGUCUGAGGGGAGGACGGUGGAGGUUCCCUAUAGAGGAGAUGUGGAGAACACCAUCCGUGACGUGUUGGGGGGCCUGCGCUCCACCUGCACCUAUGUGGGCGCCGCCAAGCUCAAAGAGCUGAGCAGGAGAACCACCUUCAUUCGUGUCACACAACAGUCCAGCCAAAUGUUCACUUCGUAGAGAAAAAAAUGCAUCCUCACACAUUCACACAGACACUUCUACAUGAUGACCCAACCUGUUUCUCUCAGGAUAUGUGCUGUCAGAAAUCUACAGGUUGUGAUUAACGAAAAUUUGACUUGAAACAUUCUCCCAGAGGAAUCACUCUGAUCAACUUAAUCCUACAGCGAGUGCGUUUACAUGCUUACAUACACCGUAAUAUUCUUUUCAAAAUACCAGAUUUCGGGGUUUUUUUUGGGAAAUGGAAAUGUAGAAUUCUUCUCAGUUUUGGGAAUAAGAAAGCAAGACUACUGAGGCAUGUGCACUUCAGAUCUGACCUUUCAAAACACUCUUAACUUUUGUAAAUGAAGUCACAUCGCAUGUAAACACACUCAGCAGGAGGAGGAUGAUACUCGUGCUGAGAUCAUUUUGGGAAACUAUUCUGCUCGACUGUAUGUUGGAAUGAACGUGCAAAUAAAUAUGCAAGAUCCAGAGACACCACUCUUUAACCGUCGCUGGAGAAAUCAUGUCGCAAUAAACUGCAUGCAGAACCCUCUGCUAACUUCCUCA